UCGGGCUCCGACAAUUUUGCGAUAAUGGCGACGACAGCUCAGUGGUGGAAAGGGACACAGUGAAAGCUCAGCGUCGGCUCGGCUAUGUCUGUUUAUCUUCUCCGGGUUCAUUUGCUGCCGACCGACUGUACGGGAUUCGGGUGAUUCUGCGGCCUUUGAACGUCUCUCGUCACUCGCGCGGCUGAUUUCCAUGUCUGUCUUGUGAACACCUUAAACCAGAUCAUCUGGACUACACAGUGUCCAUUGCUGAUCAUCCGUGGGCGGGGCAGGCCUGGCUUCCUAGUUGGGUGACCCACACUCCUUCACAGGGGCCAUGGAGGAAGAGGGGCAGAAGAGCUUGGAGUGUAUCCAGGCCAAUCAGAUUUUCCCCAAGAAAUCCCCCGUCCUGGAGGAGGAGAACAUGCAGGUGCCCUUUCCUGAGCUGCACGGGGAGUUUACAGAGUAUGUCGGCAGGGCAGAGGAUGCCAUCAUUGCAAUGUCCAACUACCGCCUGCACAUCAAGUUCAAGGAGUCGGUUGUCAAUGUGCCUCUGCAGCUCAUCGAGAAUGUGGAGUGUCGUGAUAUGUUUCAGCUACAUGUCACCUGUAAGGACUGCAAAGUUGUCCGGUGUCAGUUCUCCACCUUUGAGCAAUGCCAGGAGUGGUUGAAGCGUCUCAAUGCAGUCGUGCGACCCCCGUCUCGCUUGGAGGAUCUCUUCUCCUUUGCCUUCCAUGCCUGGUGCAUGGAUGUGUAUGCCGGCGAGAAGGAGCAGCACGGCGAGCUUUGCAGACCAGGUGAACAUGUCAUCUCCUGGUUCAAAAACGAGGUGGAAAGGAUGGGAUUUGACACUCAAAAUGCCUGGAGGAUAUCUGACAUCAACUGCAAGUUUAGGCUUUGCCCCAGUUAUCCCCAGCAGCUUCUGGUACCAGCCUGGAUCACUGACAAGGAGCUGGAAAAUGUGGCGGCCUUCCGCUCCUGGAAGAGGUUUCCUGCUGUGGUUUAUAGGCACCUGAGCACAGGGGCUGUGAUUGCCCGUUGCGGCCAGCCUGAGGUCAGUUGGUGGGGCUGGAGGAAUGCUGAUGACGAGCACCUCGUGCAGUCCAUCGCCAAGGCCUGUGCCGUGGACAGCACCUCUCACAAACACCUGUCCAACGGGACCUACUCCAAUGGCUCCGACCUGCCGGAUACUGAUUUUGAGUCCUCCAUGACCAACAGCUCAGAGGUGGAGACGUUGGCCAUUCAGCCUCACAAGUUACUGAUCCUGGAUGCCAGGUCCUAUGCGGCUGCUGUAGCCAACCGGGCAAAGGGAGGAGGCUGUGAAUGUCCUGAAUACUAUCCCAACUGUGAGGUGGUGUUCAUGGGUAUGGCCAACAUCCAUUCCAUCCGCAAGAGUUUCCAGUCUCUACGUUUCCUCUGCACUCAGAUGCCUGAUCCAGCCAACUGGCUGUCUGCGCUGGAGAGCACCAAGUGGCUACAGCAUCUAUCCUUGCUUCUGAAGGCGGCCCUGUUGGUGGUCAAUGCUGUGGAUCGGGACCACAGGCCCGUUUUGGUGCAUUGCUCUGAUGGCUGGGACCGCACUCCUCAAAUUGUUGCUUUGUCAAAGCUACUGCUGGACCCGUACUACCGCACUAUAGAGGGCUUCCAAGUUUUGGUGGAGACAGACUGGUUGGACUUCGGCCACAAGUUUGCCGAUCGCUGCGGCCAUGGAGAAAACUCAGAGGACGUGAACGAACGCUGUCCAGUCUUCCUGCAGUGGCUGGACUGCGUUCACCAGCUGCAGAGGCAGUUUCCAUGCUCCUUUGAAUUUAACGAGGCCUUCCUGGUGAAGCUGGUGCAACACACCUACUCCUGUCUGUUCGGCACCUUCCUAUGUAACAGCGGCAAAGAGAGGGAGGACCGCCACGUUCAAGAGAGGACCUGCUCAGUUUGGUCCCUGCUGAGACCCGCCAACCGCACUCUGAGGAACAUGCUGUACUCUUCACACUCUGAGACUGUUCUCCACCCGGUGUGUCACGUGCGCAACCUGAUGUUGUGGACUGCAGUGUACCUUCCCAGCUCCUCUCCCACCACCCCUUCAGAUGAGUCCUGUGCUCCAUACCCUGUGCCCGGCAGCAAUCCUGAGGAAGCGCCCCUGGGCAGAUGCACAAAGACUCGCUCUUUCGAUAACUUGCCCAGCGCUUGCGAGCUGGGAGGCCUGCUGGCUCCUAACCGUCGUUCCAGUGACCCCAACCUCAAUGAGAAGUGGCAGGACCACCGACGCUCUCUGGACCUCAAUAUGGCAGUGGGGCCGGAAGGAGGGGCGGACCAGGAACAGGAGGUGCAGUGUAAUGGAUUGGAUCUUUACGUGAACGGAGUGGACUCUGAGCUGGACGACAGCCCGCAGCCGUGCAACUCACACUCUGACUUGGCAGAGGGAGCCUCCGUGAACUCAACAACGGGAGUUGAGGCAGAGCUGUCUGUGGCGGUGGGUGUGGCCGAGGGCCAGAUGGAGAACAUUCUUCAAGAAGCCACCAAGGAAGAGGCGGGAGCAGAUGCUCAGAGAGUUGUAAGUGCUGUUGUCACUCACAUCAUCAACACAGCUGCCAUGGAGGAGGAGAUGCACUCGAGAACUGCUUGGGAGGAUCCGUGUGCUCAAAUCAUCAACACGACUGAUGUACAAGAAGCGCUUACUAAUGGUCUCCAUCCACAAAAUGGUUUUACGGAGGCUGAGGAGAUCAGUGACUCUCCUGCUGUGUCUGCACACACCGUGGAAGAUUUGCAGCAACCAGAUGAUGAGGCAGCCCAAAAACCUGAGCAUGCGGAGAACCAAUUUCUGGAGAAUGGUUCAGAGCAGUUAGAACAAGCUCAUGAGUCCGGUUCAGGCGAGCCAGAGCUGCUUGCGGCUCACAGAACUCAGAUGGCUAACGGCCAUGAGAGAUCAAACGAGGACCCUGGUCCGGAUGAGGAGACCAGCGAUGGUCGUGACACUGACAGAGGUAUGUCAGAGUCAGGGGAACAGCUAGAUAAGAAGACCUCCCUGAUGGAAAGCUCCACAGAGACUUUGACAGAGGAGAUCUGCAGCAGGUUUGAGCCCCCUGCGCCCCCGCCUGUCUGUCAGAGCCGUCAGGCCUUCACCAAGGGUCAACAACUUUGCUCCAGGAAAGAGAAAGCGCUGGAGACAGGCGAACACAGCUUUAUCAGAACUUUAAAUGGGGGCAGCAAGCGAGCCUCUGUCAGUGCCUUUCAUUAUGCAAGUGCUGACCUCACCCGGGACGGUCUUUGUAACAGUGACAGUUCCGACGGCGAACCUUGCGGAGGACCUCAUUGGCUCAAAGGUGAGCAGGCCCCGCUGAGCCGACAGGUGUCCCUGGCGAGCUGCAAUUCCCUGAUCCUUCACCACCGGGGCGGCUGCUCACAACACCGCUGGUGCCACGCUCAGCAGGGCCGGGCGGCCGUCAGUCCGGAGCCGCCGUCACGCAGCCACUUGGAUGACGAUGGGCUGAUGCUGCACACGGACGCCAUCCAACAGAGAUUGAGGCAGAUUGAGGCGGGACACCAGAUGGAGGUGGAGACGCUGAAGAAGCAGGUACAGGAACUGUGGAGUCGUCUGGAAAAUCAGCAGCACGUCGGCUCCCAUCGCAUCAACGGAGACGGAGGAGAUGAAGUGACAUCCAUGACGGACUCUGAAUACAACGUGGACCCCAACUGUCUGUCUCGCUGCAGCACGGAGCUCUUCUCUGAAGCCAGCUGGGAGCAGGUGGACAAGCAGGACACGGAGGUCACCCGCUGGUACCCCGAUCAUCUGGCAGCCCAGUGUUAUGGCUGUGAGAGCAGGUUCUGGCUGGCCACCAGGAAGCAUCACUGCAGUGGCAGGGAGCCUGUCCAGGAGGUCUGGAACUGCGGUAAUGUUUUCUGCGCCAGCUGUUGUGACCAGAAGAUCCCGGUGCCAAGCCAGCAGUUGUUUGAGCCCAGCCGCGUGUGUAAGACGUGCUACGGCAGCCUCCAGCUCAAUGCACCCCCGCUGGAGAAACCCAUCACAGCCAGCUCCAACUGAGCCUCGGAGAGAGAGGAGGCGGAUGCCAGCAGUACGGAACGCCCAGUCACAGCUGACACAGGCACAAUGCUGAAGAAUGCCACAGAAUGUCCCGUGUGUGUGUGUGUGUGUGUGUUUGUGUGCGUGCAUUGCAGAACUGGACUAAAAGGUGUCCUUCCAGUGGCAUGUUGCUUUGCACAGUGGGAGGAUAUAGGAGGAGGGUCCCUCGUCAGGGCCGCACCGAUGACAUGGUGGUGCUCACGGGCCGUGUGCACUGAGGAGCGAGAAUGAACUUCCUGGUCUCGGACCAGGAGGCAGGAGGGCAUCUCACUGUGUUACUCAAGUUUCCUCUAAAGGCAGGUUCGAUCCACUUUAAUCCCAAAUUAAGCUCAAACUCCUUCUGUCUCUUCCGGGCUCAUUCGUUAUGUUCCAAAUUGGACUUUUGUUUGAUGACCUUCAUUGUAAUCAAAUUAAUAGUGCACAAUCUUUGUGUUGCACAAUCGCAUCAUACAAGUGCAUUGAUUAUCAAUACCUUGGAGUCGGACUCAAUACAGUGGAUCCCCGCACAUUGGCUAUUUAGCAUUCACUGCACCACAAAUUUGCGAUAAAUGCUUUUUUUUUCGGAGAAAAUAAUUUCUUUUCACAUAGAACACAUCCAUACUUCACCAUACUUGGGUCCAUCCAUCCAUUUUCCUCCGCUUAUCCGGGUCCCGGGUCGCGGGGGCAGCAGUCUUAAGUAGGGAAGCCCAGACUUCCCGGUCCCCGGCCACCUCCUCCAGCUCCACCGGGAGGACACCAAGGCGUUCGUUCCCAGGCCAGCUGUGAGACAUAAUCCCUCCAGCGUGUCCUAGGUCUGCCCCGGGGGCCUUUUCCCGGCCUCACCUCACCAGGGAGGCGUCCCGGAGGCAUCCGGACUAGAUGCCCGAGCCACCUCAACUGACUCCUCCCAGAUGGCUGAGCUCCUCCAUACUUGGGUAAUAAUUAAAAAAUAUAUGUAAUAAUACAGGUACAGCGUACGUGUACUACUGUUAGAAAGACCACAUUUGUACAUGUUUGUAUCUUCAUGCUUCACUGAUGAUAUUUUUUUUAAAUUGGAGAGAGCCUUAAAGUCAAGCUCGGACAUUUUGGAGUGGGAAGUAGCGCUCUGUGUGUAAAAAAAAACCCCAAAAAAAACGGAUAUCAGUUCCUUGUGAAAAGCGGGGAUCUACUGUUAAGUUGAUACCGACACCAUAUGAGCUCUAAUUGAUUCCAAUUUUUUUUUUUUUUUUUUUGAGUCGUCAGUGAGACGUCCUUGCUGCCAGGCAGCCGUUCAAUGACCUCCUUGCACGCACGCGAUGGUCAUUUUGUAAAAUAAAAGAAUAAAAUAAUAUAUACAGAUAAACAUCUUAUAGCAUUUAAGUACAAAAUGUUUAAGAACCUGAGAAUAGUGGCUCACUUAAUUAGUCACCAAAAAGUUAACUUUUUUUUUUUUUGUUGUUGUUGGUCUUACAUUGAUUGCAGAAAUGAUCUUAUAUAUAUAUAUAUAUAUAUACAGUAUAUAUACUUAUAAUUUACAGCCUGUUAAGGACACAGGCGUGUGUUUUGUAAAUUAUAGAUACACAGAGCAUCCUGUUGGGAUGCUGUAGUGUUUUAUUCCAACACCCCACCCCCCACCCCCCCCUUUUAAAAUACGAUUAUUUAUUUUGUUAAGCAGGAAUUUGUUGAAUUUUGGGAAUUCUGACAAUUCAACUGCCACGUGAUAAUCAGUGUUUUUGAUAUGCUGCGGCCACUUUGGAGUGACAUGCCUAUGCACACACACACACACACACACACACACACAGAGAAAACAGUGGUCCGAAAACAAGCACCCCAUCCAAACUUUUAAUGCCCCCGCACUCCCCUUCUACCAUGCACACAUUAUCCCAUUCACCUAUAAACACUACCUCUACUCACUACACACACACACACACACACACACAGGCACCGUGUAUAGUUGCUUAGAGAUUCUCACGUUCAGGAAAACCGCGCCUUUCUCAUUCAUCUUGACUUCCUGUUUGUGUCAGCAGCGGUGAGCCAAGUUGCUGUUUUGUUCCACACCAGAUAGUCAAAAAAAAGCAAAAAAAAAAAAAAAACCUAGUCGAUGCUGUCAUUACUCGUCUUUGUUUUCCUUUUUCUUGAGACUUCUAUUUUGUAAAAAAAAAAAAAAAAAAAAAUCGGCGUAUGCUCGGGUGUGCCGUGUCUUUGUGUGCAACUUCUCAGUUGAGACACUAAAAUAUCCGUGGCAUCAAAAACUACAUCGGACAGUCAUCGGACACAGUGUUGCCAGAUGCAUGACAGUUAUCACAUUUAUAUGAUAAUUUCACUUUCUGUACAUAGUCAUGGCUAAAAAAAAAAAACGUUGGAACCUCUGUUCUUCUCAGAUAAUGCACCACCUCUCCUAGAAAAGUUAUUCAGUAUUCAUAUGCUCAUUUCUUUUAUUUGCAUUGGAGCAAAACAAAGAUGGCAAAGGGGGAAAAAAAGCCAUAUGUGAUCAUUCCACAUAAACGGACUAGACAAAAUGAUUUGUACCUAAUAGAAAUUGUCAUUGCUACACUUCUCUGCAUGAGAAGUGGUGCAUUAUCUAACAAAAACAUGGGGCGACCAUUGUUUGUUGCCAUGAAUGUGUGUUUGAUUAAUUCCAAAAACACCCCUAAUGUACGUUUAAAUGACCCCUUUCAUAUACGGUAAUGUUUUACUGGAGCAGUGUUGGGAGUUUACCGUUACCAACAGUGGAAUGUGACACGUUAUUAUACACUAAGACCAGUUUAAAAAUUGUAAGAAAGGCAAAAAAAUGUACACUGUUGGAUCUUAAGUAGGUGAUUAUUUUAACUGCUUUUUGGGGAAAGUAACUAUAUAUAAUAACUCAUUCAUUCAUUUUCUACCGCUUUUUCCUCACGAGGGUCGCGGGGGUGCUGGAGCCUAUCCCAGCUGUCUUCGGGCGAGAGGCGGUGUACACCCUGGACUGGUGGCCAGCCAAUCAAUCACAGGGCACAUAUAGACAAACAACCAUUCACACUCACAUUCAUACCUAUGGACAAUUUGGAGUCGCUAAUUAACCUAGCAUGUUUUUGGAAUGUGGGAGGAAACCGGAGUACCCGGAAAAAAUCCCACGCAUGCAUGUGGAAAACAUAAAAACACCACACAGAGAUGUCUGAGGGUGGAAUUGAACCCGGGUCUCCUAGCUGUGAGGUCUGCGCGCUAACCACUCGACCGCCGUGCAGCCCAAAAAUAUGGGUUGUUAUUGCUUAGUAUCACCUGAUUCAAACAGCCUUGCGUGUCUCGGCAUGUGAGUCUACCCUUCAUUGUCUCUGUUCCUUACAUGAGGGAGCUCUAUGGUCUUGUAUUCAUCUUUUUUUGGGCCGAGGGUGGACUUGAACCCUGGUCUCCUAGCUGUGAGGUCUGCGCGCUAACCACUCGAUCGCCGUGCAGCCCCCAAACAUAAAAUUGAUAAUUAAAAAUAAAAAUAAAUGGGGCUGCACAGUGACCGAGUGGUUAGCGGUUAGCAGGUCACACACCUGGGUUUGAUUCUCUGCUCGGGGAUUUGAAUGUCCUGUGCGGUGUGUGGGUUUUCUCUGGGUACUCCGCUUUCAAAAACAUGCUAGGUUAAUUGGUGACUCCAAAGCUACCUACCAUAGGUAUGAAUGUGAGUGUGAAUGGUUGUUUGUCUAUAUGUGCCCUGUGAUUGGCUGGAGACCAGUCCAGGGAUGGAGACCAAACCCACGCAUGCACGGGGAGAACAUGCAAACUCCACACAGAGAUGGCCGAGGGUGGAAUUGAACCCUGGUCUCCUAGCUGUGAGGUCUGCGCGCUAACCACUCGAUCGCCGUGCAGCCCCCAAACAUAAAAUUGAUAAUUAAAAAUAAAAAUAAAUGGGGCUGCACAGUGACCGAGUGGUUAGCGGUUAGCAGGUCACACACCUGGGUUUGAUUCUCUGCUCCGGGGAUUUGAAUGUCCUGUGCGGUGUGUGGGUUUUCUCUGGGUACUCCGCUUUCAAAAACAUGCUAGGUUAAUUAGCGACUCCGAAUUGUCCGUGGGUAUGAAUGUGAGUGUGAAUGGUUGUUUGUCUAUAUGUGCCCUGUGAUUGGCUGGAGACCAAACCCACGCAUGCAAACAUGCAAACUCCACACAGAGAUGGCCGAGGGUGGAAUUGAACCCGGGUCUCCUAGCUGUGAGGUCUGCGUGCUAACCACUCGACUACCGUGCCGCCCUAUAAUAACUCAAUAUAUACUAAAUUGAUUCUGGUAUGAUAAAUUAGUCAUUUUCCUUCUGGCAACACUGGUGGAACAUCUCUUAAGUCCGCUUAACUUACAUGAAAUGAUACACUACAGCACAUAAGACCAAAGCUGAAGUUGUCCCUUUCUCAGCAUCUUCCGUUUGUCGUUAUGCGCUUGGUGUGUGUGUAUGUGUGUGUGAGUGAGUGAGCACGUGUGUGUGUGUACAUGAGAAUGUCAAUCAAACAUCACAACUGUGUGUGUGUGUGUGUUCCGGUAGAGACGAGUGCCAAGCUGUUUUAUUUCAGGUCUCUCACUCGUGCUUUUUCCUCCUGUCUGAUAAGCACUUUUGAACCCUCUCCUGUCUUUACAGAGGAAUGUGUUUAGCUGUACAUAGCCAUUUCCUGUUACGACAAAAGUGCUCCUUGGUCAUUCGGAAUAUUUUCUUUAAUGGAUUUACUUUAUUGUAGAGUUUAAAAAAGGAGAAAUAAACUAGAGGAAGCAGC